UUCAUUAUCCACACACCCAGUAAACAAACUACUAGAAGAGGUCGGUCCUUCCUCUCAACCAAAACAAUGGCAUCGUCCUCAACAACCUUCUCUUUUGCUUUCAAAGUCUCACCCCCAAUUGCUCGCUCUUCUACUACUAGUCUUCGUACCUCUCCUACCAUUGUUCGACUCUCACAAUUCACCAAGAAAUCCUCAGUCAACCUCAGUUCCUCACACACCAUACCUGGCUUCUCCCCAAUCCUUCCUCGUCUCACCUUUCCCACUCAAAUCCCCCAAUCUCUCACCGUCAUCUCUGCAAAAAGGUACAAAAUGAAAACCCACAAGGCUUCGGCGAAGCGAUUUCGAGUCACGGGUAGUGGGAAGAUUAUAAGGAGGAGAGCUGGGUAGCAACAUUUGCUUAGAAAGAAGAAUACCAAGAGGAAAUUGCGACCCACAGCCGUAGAUUGUGGGUACAAGCUUGAUUCCUCUUUUCAGCCAUCACAACCCUCUCACCUACCUCAGUCUCACCUACAGCUAAUACUAAAGCCUAUGUUGCCUCUACUUCAUACUCAGGCUCACAGCAGUCUGAUUCAAAUUGGUUUCUUGAUUCCGGAGCUACUAGUCAUAUGACAAAUGAUCUCAGCAAUCUUUCAUUUUAUCAGCCUUAUCAAGGCCAUGAUCGGGUAGCUAUUGGUGAUGGUACUACUCUGCCUAUUGCUCACACCGGUAAUGGACUUCUUUCUACUCCUUUCCCAUUUCAUCUCACCAACAUGCUUCAUGUACCUACUCUUUCAUCCAACUUGCUUUCAGUCCAUCAGUUGGCAAUAGAUAACAAUUGCACUAUUACUUUUGAUGAAGAUUCUUUUCAUGUUCAGGACAAGAACACUAGAGAGUGCCGACAAAAAAAGAAAAAGAAAAAUCAAAAUCAAAAUAAAACAAUUUACUAGCUUGCAAUCUAGUUUAGAAAACAAAAGCGAAUUUAACCAGCCAUAUGGCGUUUGAAAUUUGGCAACAUUUGUUCUACACUUGACAUUUAACGGAAUUUAGCCCAUUGACUAGAGCUCUUGCACCAUACUAAGAGGUCAAGAGUUCGAUACUUUCUACCUGCGUAAGGCCCUAUUCACCUUGCAGUCGUUUUGAGUAUCUCUUUCCAUCUCUAGGAGUUUAUUUGUUGUUCUUUAUGUUAUUAUUGUUAAUUCAAGCUACUCAAUGUUUUGAGAAAAAA